GAGAUGGCGGGACUUUCGCGAUGACAGUGCAGUGUCUAUCGACGUUUCUUGCCGCGACAGCAGCGUUAUUGUUUGUAUUGUGGAGAUAGUUGUGACCAUCAGUGCCAUAAUAUUUGUGGAAGAUGUCGGACGUAACAGAAUUGAAGAAAACUCUGAAAAAGUGGGAAGUGACAUUUUACAAGACACACAGCAGGAAACCAUCCAAGACUGACAUAGACGAUGCACCUCAAGAAAUCAGAGAUGCUUACAAGAAUUAUGCCAAUUUGAGGAAAGGAAAUUCUAGUUCAAGUGACAGUAAGAAACCAGCUGAUGGACGAAAUACUGACAACAGACUGAACACAUCAAGGGAGACAACUCCUGACACAUCACAAAGCCCUCAGAUUUUGUCUGCAUUUGAACAUGUAACAAGUAACAACAGUGUGACUAUACAGUCAGCUGAUGUGAAGGACAGAUCAGCUGAUGUACAGGACGGAUCAGCUGAUGUUAAGGACGGAUCAGCUGAUGUGAAGGACAGAUCUGCUGAUGUGAAGGACGGAUCAGCUGAUGUGAAGGACGGAUCAGCUGAUGUGAAGGACAGAUCAGCUGAUGUAAAGGACGGAUCAGCUGAUGUGAAGGACAGAUCAGAUGACGAGAGGGAGACAGUCAGUGAUAUGGACAAGUCCAACUUGGAUGAAGUGUGGGGGGUCAGUUUUAACAAAGGCAUCGCUGAGGGAAGCAAAAAACAGAAGAAAGUCACAAAACAGCAUCAAUCACAGAAACUACUUGACAAACUCGGAAGCAAACUGUUCCAAAAUUCACAAAAGUUUUCAUCAGCUGGAAAGAAAGUGGAUCCUCAGAAGGCAUCAUGGCGCUGGAAACCAAGCGGGUCAGAGAAUACUGAUGAGAAAGUUGUCUCAAGUCCUGCAGGUCCUGAGGAUGAGCCCAGCACACCUUUUGAGGAUGUUGGGGGUGAUCUUGAACCUGCCAGUGUCAGACAAUAUAAAUAUAGCACUGGUAGUGACUUUAAACAUGGGAGUGACAAACAAUCAGAAAGGGCCAUGGAUGAGAUUGAUGGUGACAUUGCAAUGCCAUUUACAAAUAAAGUGAAAAAUUCAAUCUUUUCACCAACACCCAAAUUACCGAAAAAUAGGUAUUCAACAAAAUCUUUCCCAGAUAAUGUCGAUGUUCCAGGUCAUUUAACUCUCACAGCUCGAAAAAAAUUCUCUGUAUCUGCUUUCAAACCAAAAGAAUUGAAAAACCCAUUUCCUGAAGAUGGAUCAGAUUCAUUUUCAAAUAUAAACACUGUAAAGGGAGAUAACCUUUCAAAUAAAAAUACAGUAAAGGGAGAUAACUCUACUCUCCCUACACAAACCAGAACAGUGAUGGAGGUGGAUGAGAGUAUGUUUGAACAAGAGUUUGCGGAAAACUUUGAGAUGCCUUCUUUUGUUGCAAGUAAUGAUAAUGCAAGAAACACAACAACUAGUGUAUCUAGAGAGAAAUAUACGUCCUUUAUGGGAGGUUUUGGCGAAGACGAGUCAUCACCGUCUACGUCAGUUGUGUCGAGGGCAGCAGUGACAGACACAUAUGAUGCUGGUGAAGUCAGUGAUGAUGGUAGUGAUGAUGGAGAUCCAAUGGAUAAAAAGACUAAGAAGAGGAAACAAAAGUCAGGGUCGACCUCGAGGAAAAGACUCAAGGCAAAUGAUGGCAGUUCUUGUACAGCCGGUGAUGCUCCUGAAGAUCAGGAAGAGGAUGGGGAAGUGGUCAAGAAGUCCAAGCCAAAAGCUCCACCUAGAAAAGCAACGGCAUCAAGGGUUUCCUCUGGGAAUUUUGUUCGCUUGAACAUGAAGGUGAAAAAAUACAGACGUAAAGAUGGCCGCCAUAUGACAGGUGGACAGUAUAAGAGGAACCAGUGGAAACAGAAGAUGCAAGCUCGCAGCAAGAGUUAUGGUGAUAAAUGCUUCGUUUGUAAUGGAACAGGUCAUUGGUCAAGAGACUGUCCACAGAAGAAUAGUGGAUCGAAGAAGGUUGUGGAAGAGAUAGACGAGAGUGACUUCCCCUCAAUCCAGGAGGCAGCACUGUUGGCCCAAGGAGUCCGAACACCUGCAGCCUCAUCAACUGUGGCGAGACCAUCACAGACAGAAGGCCAUGAGGACACACAGACAGGAGGCAUGCAGGACACACAGACAGACACUCAACCAAUGAAUGAAGACCCCAUGAUGGAUGUGGAGAUGUCGAUUGUCAGAUCACGGCGGGAAGUCGUGGAGCCUCCGAAAUCUGUGGAGCCUCUUCUUACAUUGCAGCCUAAUGGAGAAGUCACUGAAACAUCAGACAUACCUGAUUUGAAAACUGGUUUGAAGAAGUUUGGUUUCAAACAGUUCCGACCAGGUCAAGAGGAGACAAUUAAGAGAAUUCUGUCAGGGUUGUCUACCCUUGUUGUGCUCUCUACUGGUGGAGGCAAGAGUUUGUGCUAUCAACUCCCUGCAUACAUCUAUGGCCAACGUUCCCGAUGUCUGACACUAGUUGUCUCCCCUUUAGUGUCUCUUAUGGAAGAUCAGGUGACUGGCCUGCCCCCUGGUGUCCGAGGAGCAUGUCUACACGCCAACAUGACCCCAGCCCAGCGUGAUGGCAUUAUCGCAGCGGUGAAUGAUGGGAGUGUGCACUUCCUGUUGAUGUCCCCCGAGGCCAUAGUGGGUGGUGGCGGAACAACGAAGGGGGCUUUCCCUCCUCCCGAUAAACUGCCGCCAAUACCAUUUGUGUGCAUUGACGAGGCUCAUUGUCUCUCGGAAUGGUCACACAACUUUAGACCAUCAUAUUUGAGAUUGUGCAAGGUACUGCGAGAGAGAUACGGAGUCAAGUGCUUCUUGGGUCUCACUGCCACGGCAACCAAGUCAACAGCACAGGAUGUUGCAAGGCAUCUUGGGAUAGAAGACGUCGAGAAGGCAACUGUCCGAGGGCUUCCUAUCCCGAAGAAUUUGGUCCUGUCUGUAUCUCAGGAUGAGAACAGGGAUGAGGCUCUGGUGCAGCUGCUUCAGGGUGAGAGGUUCCGGGACUGUCACUCCAUCAUCAUCUACUGCACACGACGGGAACUGACCAAUCGUGUUGCCACCCUCCUACGCACAUGUCUCAAGGAACAGGAAGUGGAUCUUAAUCAAGCAGCGGAACAGCCGAAGGGGAAAGGAAAAAAGAAAAAGUUUUCGGUCGCUGAAAGCUACCAUGCUGGCCAUACACCUGCACAGAGAAAACGUGUGCAGAAGAAUUUCAUGUCCGGUCAACUCCGUAUCGUCGUGGCAACAGUUGCGUUUGGCAUGGGACUUGACAAAUCGGACGUGAGGGCAGUGAUACAUUACAACAUGCCGAAGAGCUUCGAGGGUUACGUACAAGAAAUAGGGAGAGCCGGACGUGAUGGGCAGACUUCGCACUGCCACCUCUUCCUUGACCCUGAGGGCAAAGACCUGAGUGAGCUCAAGCGUCACACAUACGGCAACACAGUUGACAGAUUUGCCCUGAAGAAGCUUGUGCAACAGAUCUUCAGGAAAUGUCGGUGCCGGGAUAUUCACCAGUCUCAUCAGAACACUCAGACAGAUGAGGAUCUCAAUCAAAAAGAAAAUGUGACAUUACCAUCUCGAAUAUGUCCCGGCCACGAGAGGGCAUUGCCGAUUGACAGAACGGUCACUGAUCUGGAUAUUCGAGAGGAAGGAAUUGGCACCCUGCUGUGCUACCUUGAGCUGGUCCCCGAGAACUGUCUGGAGAACCUACAGCCGGUGUAUGCCACGUGUAAGGUUCUGUGUUACGGAGGCCCACCACAGCUGCAGGCUGUGUCCAAGAAGUGCCCCCCUGUGGCAGUGGCUAUUGCCAGACAGAAGAUGGAGGGCAAGUCCUUCUCCAACGCCAACAGUGUAGAGUUCCCUAUUGUGGAGGUCAGCGACACCAUGGGAUGGGACUCAGGGCCGGUCAAGAGAGAGGUCAAGCUGCUGCAGUGGAACUGGGCUGGACAAGGGGCUCAGAUAACAUCUAAGUCUGGUGUGCUGGUGGAGUUCUCAGAACUGGCGUUCCACCUGCGUUCCCCUGGUGAUCUGAAUCAGGAGGAAAUGGAUAACAUUGUGGAUUUUCUACACAAGAGAGUUACGCGUCAAGAAGGGACUGAACUCUACCAGCUCAAUCUGCUUUACAACUCACUCAGAAGUUGUGCCCACAAGAGCUACUGGAUGUGUGCGGACGAGGCCAACAUUAACAAGAGUGACAAGCUCAGACAGUUGAUGGAGAAUUUCUUUGAGGAUAAGAAGUCAGCACUGAGUAGGAUGGAGGAAGAGGAAUCCGAGUCUGACCAGAUCCUGUGUCCCCGAGAUCUUGAUCAGGUGAUCGUGGAUGCACGUCAGUUCAUCACUUUGUAUGGACAGGAGCACAACCUCACAGGGAGAUCUAUAGCCCGUGUGUUCCACGGAAUUGGCAGCCCCUGUUUCCCCAUCGCAACCUGGUGCCGCGUCCGAAGGUUCUGGAGGAGUCAUCUGCAUGUCAACUUCAACGUGUGUCUCAAAGCAGCUACCAGGGAACUUGUCAGGAUGAGGUGAUGACUGGAUGUUCUGGAGGAGUCUUCUUCGCGUCAACAGCAACAUGUCUCAAAACAUCCACCAGGGAACUUGAACACUGCAAGUGGCUAUUGGAUUAUUUUGAGAUCUUUUAGAAACAUCAGAUUAUACCUAAUGUAUGUAUUUGAACAUUUUAGUCAUUAACAUUCAUUUUGGUUCUGUUAAAGUCUGCUUGUAUGUCUGAUAACUCAAUGUAUAAAAAGUUAAAACAUUAUCUAAAUAAAUAUUUUUAAAGUU